CACACUUGACAGUAGGAGAGAAAAGCCAUGGCUGACAAGAUCCUGAAAGACAAAAGGAAGCAGUUUAUCCGUUCAGCGGGCACAGGUACAAUAAAUGGUUUGCUGGAUGAAUUAUUAGAGAAAAGAGUGCUGAACCAGGAAGAGAUGGAGAAAGUAAAACUUGAAAAUGCCACAGCGAUGGACCAGGCACGAGCUUUGCUUGACUCCAUCAUUCGGAAAGGGCCCCAGGCAUGCCAAAUUUGCAUCACUUUCAUUUGUGAAGAUGACAGAUACCUUGCAGAGACAUUGGGACUCUUGUCAGACAAGAUCCUGAAAGACAAAAGGAAGCAGUUUAUCCGUUCAGCGGGCACAGGUACAAUAAAUGGUUUGCUGGAUGAAUUAUUAGAGAAAAGAGUGCUGAACCAGGAAGAGAUGGAGAAAGUAAAACUUGAAAAUGCCACAGCGAUGGACCAGGCACGAGCUUUGCUUGACUCCAUCAUUCGGAAAGGGCCCCAGGCAUGCCAAAUUUGCAUCACUUUCAUUUGUGAAGAUGACAGAUACCUUGCAGAGACAUUGGGACUCUUGUCAGCUCCUCAGGAAGUGUGUGUCGAUAAUGCCAUGCUCAUAUCCUGUGGCCCAGGAAGAACACUUAAGACUUGCCCCCCAGAAAUAGCCCAAAGGAUAUGGAAAGAAAAAGCAGCAGAGAUUUAUCCAAUAAUGAAUAAGUCAAAUCGCACACGUCUUGCCUUAAUUAUCUGCAACAUAGAAUUUGAUAGUCUUUCCAGGAGGGUAGGAGCGGAUGUUGACAUUGAAGGCAUGGAGAUGCUGCUAAAGGGUCUUGGAUACAGAGUAGAUGUGAAAAAAAAUCUCACUGCUUCGGACAUGGCUACAGAGGUGAAGGCAUUUGCUGCCCGCCCAGAGCACAAGAGCUCUGACAGUACUUUCCUGGUUUUCAUGUCUCAUGGAAUCCGGGAUGGAAUUUGUGGGAAGAGACAUUCUGAACAAGUCCCCGAUAUUUUACAAGUCAACACCAUCUUUCAAAUGUUGAAUACUGGGAACUGUCCGAAUUUGAAGGACAAACCCAAGGUCAUCAUCAUCCAGGCCUGCCGUGGAGAGAAUCAAGGAGUUGUGUGGUUAAAAGACUCAGAAGGAGACUCUGGAAAAAAAAUAUUACCUGAUCCAGAAGAUUUUGAGGAUGAUGGCAUUAAGAAAGCCCAUGUGGAGAAGGAUUUUAUUGCUUUCUGCUCUUCAACACCAGAUAAUGUUUCUUGGCGACAUCCUGUUCGGGGCUCUCUUUUUAUUAUAAAACUCAUCGAAAACAUGCAAGAGUAUGCCUGGUCCUAUGACCUAGAGGCAAUUUUCCGAAAGGUUCGAUUUUCAUUUGAACUACCUGAUGGUAGGGCACAGAUGCCCACCACUGAACGGGUGACUUUGACAAAAUGUUUCUACCUCUUCCCAGGACAUUAAAGUCAGAAGCCAGAAAUUCUGUCAUUCUGUACCUGUUUUUGGAAACACGUCUAUUGGAAGCAAACAUUUCUUUGGAUUGACCUAAUAAAUGCGAAAUAAAAAUGAAAUGUUGUGG